UCUAGUUGUUGUGGAUUUGGCAUUCUUUAGCCUAACAGUUCCUAAAGAAUCAUCUAGAGCUUCCAUUGAUCUUGAAGAAAUCGAAUAAAUAUCCAGAAGUUUUCCAAAUACUGGAGGAGUCCUUCCUAAAGGCUUUCAAGAUAGGAAAAAAGAUUCUCUACCUUGAUUGAGCAGAAUCACAGGCUUGAAAUCAAUUUCUCCUUUUUCUUCUACUGGUGGGUUAUAGGUACUUCCAUUCUACAACUUUUUUUUAUUCUCGAUCAAAAAUCAAGAUUUUAGUUUUAUCAAAUUGCUCAAAUUCGUUUCUAUAUGGGAUUUUUAUUGAGGUUUCUCCAUGAUUAUGUUUGGUGAUGAGUGAAUUGAUAUUGGUUAUUUGAUGAGUUAUGAAUUCAUAUUAUGCUAUUUUAAGUGAAAAAAGAUUCCUAGUGUUCGUCUGUACAGUCUUCUACUGUUGUUAAAUUUAAAAGAUUGAGAAAACUUGUGUUCAUUUUGAACAUUAUCUUCCAAUGUUAGAUUCUUUGAUACUAAUUAUUCACAUGAUAGUUCCAGCAAUUUGUAAAUCUCUCUGCUGCUGUUACUGCUAAUAAAAUGUUUAUUACUGAAAAUAUGAUUGAUUUUUCUUAUGCUUUUCCUAAUGCAUAAUUGUCUCUUUUAAAAGAAUAUCCUGGGCUUCAAAAUGGAAAGAAAGUUCCAAAUGUUCCUCUUGGAAAUGUUGUCAAGUCAAAAGACUCAUGCCAUUCUCGUUGGUGAAUAGGUUCAAGAGGAAGGCUUUGAGGGUAAUUGCUGAUUUCUUGUCUAACGAAGAAGUUGAAGACAUAAAAGAGGUGUAUGCUAAGAUAUACACUGACAAUGAUGGUAUUGUUUCAACUGAAGAACUGAAGGUUGGAUUACAAAAUUUCAAUUCACAGCUAGCAAAGUCUGAAGUACAAAUGCUUAUUGAAGCUGUAGACAUGAAUUGAAAAGGAACCAUGUACUAUGGGGAACUUUUUGCCAUUUCACUCCAUCUGCAAAGGAUGGCCAAUGAUGAGCAUCUUUACAAGGCUUUUUCCUAUUUCGACAAAGAUGGCAAUCGUUAUAUGGAGCCUGAUAAGCUUCAAGAUCCCUUAAUGGAGGACGGAAAGAUGAUUGUGCAAAUGUAGCAAAGGACAUAUUCCAGGAGGUUGACACAAACAAAGUGAAAACAAAUUCCAAGCAUUGAAUUUAAGAAGUAGAUGAAUUUAUUCUCAAUCAUUCAAUUAUGAAUGCAGGAGGAUAGAAUCUAUUUGGGGUUCAAAAAUUCUUUCAAUUUUUACCCAACCCAUUGGCUUUACUUCA